AUGAGGAUCCGGGAUUACUGUACACAGUACCUGUAUGCGUUCGUACAGUGGACGACACUAACCUUGGCGUUUGCCGUCGACCGAUCCUACCUUUUAACCCGAGUAGAAUGCUGCAUCCUCUUCGGAUCGACGCUCGAUGGUAUAGUCAAGACUCUAGGCGAAUACGUCGUUGAGAGAGCUGUGAGCAAGAAUCAUCAGCUUAUUCUCAAUUUCGCGGCCUACCACCAACAAGCUCAAGCUACAACGAUGAAGCUCUUCUCCCAAGUCCCGGCGACGGUCGCGCUAGUGGCAAGUUGCGUCGUUGCGCAGGGAGACGGCGUCCAGCUAAGCGAGGUCUUCGGCGGACCGCACGGCGACAAGUACUCGGAUAUGGAUCUCAUUGCGCCUGGACAAGAAGUACGAUCCAUCACGAUCCGCACGUGUGAGCGCGUGAACGGCGUCGGUCUCGACAUUAAACAGUACCCUGGCAAGGAAUGGACUACUUUGUACCACGGAGGCGGCGGCGGUGACGGGAACACACUCACUCUGAUCACGGAUCCGACCGGAUACGAGUACGCCCAGUGCAUGGAGGCCCAAUGGGGUGAGUAUCAUAGCCACACCCGCAUCCGGUACAUCAAGUUUACCACCAACCGGAACUCCACUAUCGAAGGAGAUUGGUAA